CAAUGCGAAGAACAUCAUGGGUCACGUCUGACGUUGGAUCAACUAGAUACGUUGCUAAAUUUAUAAACUAGCUAUAUAUUUUUUUAUCACAGACAUGACACGUUAACUCUGCACUUUUCAUAUUUUGUACUGUUAGCUAGACAUAUUUGACUACAUUGUUUAGCGUCACCUGAAAGAAAGAAAUCAUGACUGCCAACGAGGAUCAAGAGAUGGAGUUAGAAGCGCUUCGUUCUAUAUACGAGGGGGAUGAGUGCUUCAAGGAAGUCAGCCCAGUUUCUUUUCAGUUUAGGAUAGGAGAACAUGAUGACUCCAAAGCGUUCAUUCUGGAUAUUUCAUGGCCUGAGAUGUAUCCUGAAACGGCACCUGAAAUUUCUCUAGGUGGCUUUUUCAACAAAAAAAUAUCUUCAGAGACCAAGCAGCUGAUCAUCUCUGGGUUGGAGGAGCAGGUGGAGGCCAACCUGGGCACUGCCAUGAUGUACACCCUGUUCGAGUGGGCCAAAGACAACCAGGAAGCUCUGAUGGAGAACCACCAAGCCGUGGUCACUGCCGUGACGCUGACAUCUAACAGUGAUCUCAACGCCCCAGCCAAGAAGAAAGAGAAGAAGGAACAGCUGACCAAAUCACAGAAGAGGAAGAUAACAUGUAGAACUGAUAACAAGGGGGAGCUCCCCAGAGGCUGGGACUGGGUCGACGUCAUCAAGCAUUUGAGCAGAACAGGCGGUAAAGAGGAAGACUAGAAUGCCGUGGAGGAGGUGGAGAGGUCUCUGGUACUGCUUUUACCAGGAAGUGAAGUCUCCCGACCUCACUCAGACCACCUGGCCGCUGCUCUGUAGACUCCUUCCAGUCUGCCCCAAGACACCACACUCAAGACGGACGCUUUUUCGCUCCAAGGGAAGACGGGGUCCUCUACACCUGAACACAAUCAAUAGUUGUCAAAGCUGUCAUUUUGAGAGGGUGUCACACAUGCAGGUGGUUUAGUGUCAUAUCGGAAGGAGUUUAAAAUGUGGCUUUUUUUUAUUUUUAUGAACUGUUUUCAUUUGCUUGGAAGAGACCCCAAAUGUGUGUGACUAAUUUUGGUUUUAACGGUGGUGAUGACGGUGAAUUGCAGUGUGAGCUGCAUAGAAACAACAAAGGCUUGUAAGGGGUGUGUGCUAGUAUUUGUGCUGUCGAAGUGAGUGAAUGGUGAAGGGGUGGCAGUGUCAUCUGUUUUCACUAGUACUGUAUGCUUGUCGAAGUGGAAUGAUCUGGAAUUCUUGUUACCAUGAGCCAGACUUACAUGUACUGGCAUCACUGCCAGGGAAUUAAAAAUAGGUCCACUGUGAGACCGGUUCAGUUGCUAGGCAUCAGGAGCUGUAAAACGUGCUUUACCAGGGGUGUCAACGUAUGGCUGUAUGACUUUAGGAUCCUCAGUGUAUCAUGAUGUGGUGUGGAACAUAAACUCAACAUGUUAUGAAGGACACAACAACUGAAUAUGUGAUAUUGUGCCCCUUUAAUUUAGAGACGUGCUGGAGAAACAUUCGUUUUUUUUUUAAAUAAAAAAAUGAUUACUACGA